AUGUGUGGAAAAAGAAAUAUGUUCGUGGAUAUGGAUGAGUCAGUGAAAGGAAAUGUCGUAUUUGGAGACUCCUCGAAGGUUCCUAUCAAAGGCAGAGGAACUAUACUCAUCCGGCUCAAGAAUGGCUCACAGCAAUUUAUCAGUGAUGUCUACUAUGUCCCAGACAUGACUAGUAACAUCCUGAGUUUGGGUCAGCUGAUGGAGAAAAAUUAUGAAGUCCACAUGGUGAAUCGUCAACUGGAGUUGUUAAAUGAGAAGAAGCAGUUGUUGGCCAGAGUCCCAAUGUCGAGAAACAGAAUGUUCACCUUGAACAUUCAGACUGAAAUGGCGAAGUGUUUGAAAGCAUGUGUGAAGGAAAAUACAUGGCUAUGGCAUCUGAGUGAUGAUGAACCAGAUACAUCUACACCUGUGACAAGUCCACCCAGUCACAGAGAGCCUGCCAGCCCAGAAGGAGAAUCUAGUGAAAGUCCCCGAGAAAGGCCACAAAAGUAUAGGAGACUUGAAGAAAUUUAUGAGGAAACGACAACCAUUGAAGGUGAUGAAUUGACACUCUACUGUCAUUUCAUUGAUAGUGAACCGGUUGAUGUCGAAGAAGCCAUGAAGAAUGAAAAAUGGAAGAGAGCUAUGGAUGAAGAAAUUGGAGCAAUUGAGAAGAACAAGACUUGGGAGCUUGUGUCACUCCCUGAGAACCAGAAGCCCAUCGGUGUGAAGUGGGUAUUUAAAGCAAAGAAGAAUGCAAAAGGAGAAGUUGUCAGGCACAAAGCAAGAUUGGUGGCGAAAGGGUAUAGCCAGAGACCAGGCAUUGACUAUAAUGAAGUUUUUGCUCCUGUGGCGAGAAUGGAGAGUAUCAGGAUGGUGAUAUCUCUCGCUGCUCAAAAUAGAUGGAAGAUACAUCAGAUGGAUGUUAAGUCAGCUUUUCUGAAUGGAUAUCUCGAGGAAGAUAUCUAUAUUGAGCAACCCCCUGGAUAUGUCGUUGAAGGUCAAGAAGAUAAGGUGUUAAAGCUGAAGAAGGCAUUGUAUGGUCUGAAACAAGCACCGAGAGCUUGGAAUAGCAGAAUUGACAAGUAUUUUCAGCAGAAUGGAUUCUGCAAAUGCCCACACGAGCAUGCACUAUACUGCAAGGUGCAAGGGGGAGAAAUCUUGAUGGUUUGCCUAUAUGUAGAUGAUCUCGUCUUCACAGGCAAUGAUCCUCAAAUGUUUGAAGAGUUCAAGAAGACGAUGGUUCGUGAGUUCGAGAUGACAGACAUCGGAUUAAUGUCAUAUUAUCUUGGAAUUGAAGUAAAUCAAAAGGAGGAAGGAAUUUUCAUCUCACAGAGUGGUUUUGCCAAAGAGGUCCUGAAGAAGUUUAAGAUGGAGAACUGUAAUCAUGUGAGUACACCAGCAGAGUGUGGACUGAAAUUAUCCAAGGAUGACAAAGGAGAGAAGAAUGCUGCAAAGAGGAUACUGCGCUACAUUAAAGGAGACGUGGAUGAUCGCAAGAGCACUACAGGAUUUGUAUUUUUUCUGGGAGAUACAGCUUUCACAUGGAGUUCAAAGAAGCAAGCUAUAGUGACACUGUCUACUUGUGAAGCUGAGUAUGUUGCUGCGACAUCGUGUGCGUGUCAUGCGAUAUGGCUGAGAAAGUUACCGAAAGAGUUGAACAUGGCCCAAGAAGAGUCCACUGAAAUUUAUGUGGAUAACAAGUCUGUCCUGGCGCUAGCAAAGAAUCCGGUGUUUCAUGAUCGCAGUAAGCAUAUUGAUACAAGAUAUCAUUUCUUGAGAGAAUGCGUAGAGCAGAAAGAAGUUAUGCUGAAGUAUGUGAAGACUGAAGACCAGAUUGCUGAUAUUUUCACGAAGCCGUUGAAGCAAGACGUGUUCGCCAAACUGAGGACGCUACUCGGAGUUACAGUUAAUUAA